GACGCUUCAUAUGUCUGCCCGUCCCGAGGAGCGCGUGGGUCGGUCUGGACUCUCGCUGGCAGUCGCUUCCCUGGAUGCUGAGCGGACUGGAACACGAGUCUGGAAGUGGUGCAUCUCACCACUGAACCGGUCUACAUAACAGCGAUUCAGCGUCGUUCGGUCUCCUCGCUGGGGUAAAGGAGCUGUCGAGCCGCGUAGGAACGGUACCGGUGCGCAGAGGGGUGGAGAUGGAGCGGUGGAAAGGCAGAGUGGCCCUGGUGACCGGAGCCUCGGUGGGGAUUGGAGCCGCUGUAACCCGGGCUCUCGUCCAGCACGGCAUGAGGGUGGUGGGCUGUGCCAGGAAUGUCGACAAAAUUGAGAAGCUGGCAGCAGAAUGUCAGAGUGCAGGCUACAGUGGCACACUGAUCCCGUACAAAUGUGACCUGUCCAACGAAGAGGAGAUCCUGUCUAUGUUCUCGGCCAUCAAGACGCUGCACAAGGGAGUGGACGUGUGCAUCAACAACGCUGGGCUGGCUCACGAUGAACCUUUGCUCAGCGGGAAGACGGAGGGCUGGAGGAACAUGAUCGAUGUGAACAUCUUAGCCUUGUCUAUCUGCACCCGCGAGGCCUACAAAUCGAUGAAAGAGAGGAAUGUGGACGAUGGCCACAUCAUCAAUAUUAAUAGCAUGGGCGGGCACCGAGUUGUGCCGAGCGCCGAYGAGCAUUUCUACUGUGCCACUAAAUAUGCUGUGACUGCCCUGACUGAGGGGAUACGGCAGGAGCUGCGAGAGGCCAACACGCACAUCAGAGCCACAUGCAUUUCUCCUGGAAUCGUGGAGACRGAGUUCGCCUUCCGACACCACAACAGUAAUCCGGAGAAAGCAGCUGCAGUUUAUGAGACCAUGAAAUGUUUGAAAGCAGAGGACGUAGCCGGCACAGUCGUGUUUGUCCUCGGAGCCCCUCCUCACGUCCAGAUAGGAGAUGUGCAGAUGAGGCCUGUGGAGCAGGUGUCGUAGCAGCCAGCGCUGGAAGCUGCAGGACACAAACAGCAGCCACCGUGACUCCUUAGCGGCCUCUGCUGGCGACGUGGAUUAGACGACAGGCGGGGUUGAUCGCGACAUGUCGAGGUCUGCAGAGGCGUGACCAAGGAGAGCCCGGAGCUUUUUAAAAGUGGCUGCGCUGGUGGGGAAAGGAUGGGCGUGGACUCUGUAAAACCACUAUGAAAAUACUACUGAACGCAGCGGGGGUCCCGAAGGCAGCCGACACUAAACCACAGCAGGAACAAAUGAUCAGAGUUGCUGCUGAGCCACGAUCUGCACGGUUAUCACCUCAGAGGGAAGACUGUCCUUGAUUGCACUUUUUAGUCUCGUUUAUUUUUAUUUUUUAUUUUAUGUGUAGGUCACUUGACAUGUUAUUAAAAUUUUAUUUGAAGGAKUAAUUGUUUAUAAGUAAACAUUUUCUUUUAUUUUUUUUAAAUACAAAUGUUAACUUUUCAUAACAUAUAUCUUUGG